ACAGUGUAGAAUACAGUCGUCAACCAUUCAAAUCGCUCUUUCGCGCACAGUGUGUAUUGUUCAGUUGUGUGUAUAGCAUAUAUUUCAAAGCAAUUUCUCAAUUCGGUAUUCAUCGCUGUUGUGUUAAGAGAUAUAGAUUGUGUGCUGUGCCCAUUGUCUGGAUAUUUUUUUCGUGGUUACAUUUUUUUAAAAUCGAAAAACAUCAACGAUGUCGGAACGUGAAAAUAAUGUUUACAAAGCUAAAUUGGCUGAACAAGCUGAACGUUACGAUGAAAUGGUUGAAGCCAUGAAGAAGGUUGCUUCACUCGACGUGGAAUUGACAGUUGAAGAGCGAAACCUAUUGUCGGUAGCCUACAAAAAUGUCAUCGGUGCUCGUCGUGCAUCAUGGAGAAUCAUUUCAUCCAUUGAACAAAAAGAAGAGAACAAGGGUGCUGAAGAGAAAAUCGAAAUGAUCAAAAACUAUCGUGGUCAAGUGGAGAAGGAAUUACGCGAUAUCUGCUCAGAUAUUUUGAAUGUUUUGGAAAAACAUUUGAUCCCAUGCGCUGGCACUGGCGAAAGCAAAGUCUUUUACUACAAAAUGAAGGGUGAUUAUCACCGUUAUUUGGCCGAAUUUGCCACUGGUACCGAUCGUAAAGAUGCCGCCGAAAAUUCACUAGUUGCAUACAAGGCCGCUAGCGAUAUUGCGAUGACUGAUCUUCCACCAACACACCCAAUUCGGCUUGGUCUUGCUCUCAAUUUCUCGGUAUUCUACUAUGAAAUCUUGAACUCUCCGGACCGUGCCUGCCGAUUAGCUAAAGCAGCAUUCGACGACGCUAUCGCUGAGUUAGAUACCCUAAGUGAAGAAAGCUACAAAGACUCCACCCUCAUCAUGCAACUGCUGAGAGACAAUCUCACAUUAUGGACAUCCGAUAUGCAAGGCGACGGUGAAGGUGAACAAAAGGAACAAAUUCAAGAUGUAGAAGACCAAGAUGUAUCAUAAUUUACACAACUAUCCUCAUCUAAACAGUAAACAAGAAAUAAAAAAAACACACAUCCUCUUCACAACAAUUUUCAACACAAAUUCAGCAAAAGUAAACCAAUCAUUUAAGAAUGUUUAGUAACUCAAGAAAGAAAAAACAAAAAAAAACACGGAAUGAACAUUGAAAUGAAAAUAGUUGAAGCAUUUUCAAAAUAAAACCAUACAAAAAACAUAGAAAA